AUGGAAUUGACAUAUUUUAAUGAUGAAUUGCAAUUAGUAUGGAUGCGUGUAAGGGGCUGGAUUGUAUUGCUGAUAAAACUCUAUAAGAACUCGUACUUUGUGUUUCGUGCAUUGUUUAAUCACGUAGCUACUCCAGCUCGUCGGUCUGGUAGCUUAUCGGUACGUCCGUCACCUAUUCAAGUUAUACGUUCCUUAUAUCUUGAAUCCCUAAUCGAACACGUUAUGUUCGAUAUCCAAAUUUCUCGUUUUCGGUGUUCGUAUUUCCUUUUUAUGUCCGACAUUCUUAAACUCGGAAAACGGGGUCAUAGCGGGGCAAAAAUGCCUAAUAGGAUUUUGGAAAGAAGAAUUGUGAAGGGAGAAGGGCUGAGCCGUGCUAAUGAUGGAGAAGGGACCAUGGGAGCUCAAGGUCAUGGAGACAGGGUUUCUCAACGUGAGAUUGUUGGCCAACAGGAUAGGAAUGUAGAGGAUGAGGCAGAGUCUAGGGAUAGUACUGAUCAUGAACUAGAGUCUAAGGCUAGGGCUCAUCUAGAUCCUGUUAUCUUAGCACAAACUAUCAUUGCUACUCAGCAAGCUCAGGAUACAAGAAGAAAACCUGGGGAUAUCAUUGAACAUGCUAAAAAGUGUGGAGCAUUUGAUUUUCAUGGCUCCAUUGAUUCCAAAGAAGCAGAUAGAUGGCUCAGAGUUACAGAUAAGUCAUUUAACACUUCAAAGCUGACAGAUGUGCAGAAGGUCAGUAAUGUUUAUGGCUUCCUACAUGAUACAGCAGAUGCAUGGUUUGCUAGGAUCAGAUUGUUAUUAGGAGAUCAGUUGACCUGGGAGAUAUUCAAGACCGAGUUCCGCAGGGAGUAUUUAACUGAACCAUACAAUGCAGAAAGGCAGAAUGAGUUUAUUGCUCUAAAGCAGGGUUCAAUGACAAUGUGGGAAUACAUCGAUAAAUUUGAAGAACUUUACAAAUUCAAAGAGGGGUUGCAAAAUGUUUUGAAGAAUGAACUAUCAUUGUAUGAGGGAACACAUUUCAGAGGCUGGGUAGAGAAGGCGAUAGAAAAAGAAAAGCUGAGAGAAGAGCUUGAACAAGAGAGUAAACAAAAAGCUUUUGUUUGGACUGAAAAACAAGGGGGGUUUAACAAGGGAACUAGCUCAUUUCAACAGAGAAAAUCAAAUACGGGAGGAUCUAGAGGUAACAACAUACCCUGGUCUUGGUCUGGUUCACAGAGACCUCAGUCAUAUGAUAGCAAUUUCUCAGCGAGACAACCAGCAUCUAGUGUCGGUAAUGUGGCUAGCAAGAAGAGAUCUAUAACUUGCUUUGAGUGUGGUGGCAUGGGACAUAUUAGAAGGGAUUGUCCUAGUUUGUCACAAUUUAGCUCAGGUCGUGGCAGCGGUUUCCAAUGUACUGCAAAUAGAGGUGGUCGAACGUCAGGCUUUGAUAGAGGCUCGGGUCGAGGUUCUAUCUUUAAUGCGAAUAAGAAAGGCGGAGCCUCAACUUCAACACAACCUAUGCAAGGUACUCAGAAUACUAGACCUGUUGUACAACCUAGAGUAUUUGCUUUGACUCAACAAGAGGUAGCGGCUUCUCCAGAUGUUAUUUCUGGUAGGUUAACUAUCUUUGGUAGGCAUGCUUAUGUUUUAAUUGACCCUGGUGCAACAUAUUCUUUCAUUAUGUCAUCAUUUAUAUCAUGCAUACCUCGAGAAAAGAGUGUGAUGAAUCAUGCUUUAGUUGUAGAUUUGCCACUUGGGGAUCAUAAGUUUGAGGUAGAUUUAGCACCUUUGGCGCUUCAAAUGUUCGAUGUUAUACUUGGUGAGAAGAGUUCAGAACACUAUGGAACGGUAUCAUCUUUAUCCGCUAGAAGAAUGUUGAAGAAGGGUUGUGAAGCAUACUUGGCAUAUGUUAUAGAUACAGAAAAGGAAGGCAUAAAACUUGAAAAUAUUCUUGUUGUGAAUGAAUUUGCUGAUGUAUUUCCUGACGAUCUACCAGGCUUACCACUAGAUAGAGAGAUUGAAUUUAGUGUUGAUUUGCUAUCAGGCACUAACCCUAUUUCUCAAGCCCCGUAUAGAAUGGCUCCGGCUGAGUUGAAAGAACUAAAGGUGCAGUUGCAAGAAUUGCUUGAUAAAGGUUACAUUAGACCUAGUUUUUCACCUUGGGGAGCUCCGGUGUUAUUUGUUAAAAAGAAAGAUGGAACUAUGAGAUUGUGUAUUGAUUACAAACAAUUAAACAAGAUUAAGAAUCCAGAUGUUCCUAAGACUGCAUUUAGGACUCGAUAUGGUCACUAUGAAUUCCUUGUUAUGCCAUUCGGGUUAACUAAUGCUCCAGCUGCUUUCAUGGAUUUGAUGAACAGAGUUUUCAAGCCUUAUCUAGAUAGCUUUGUAAUUGUAUUCAUCGAUGAUAUCUUGAUGUAUUCUAGAUCUGAGGAAGAGCACGCAUAUAGAGUAUAUGUUCUGCCUACUUGUAGAACUAUAGCUGCAUCUUUAACUAAUUGUAAAAUCGAUAAAAGGAGUUAUACAUGUCCAAAUUAUGCCAUUCUUGUAGACCAGAAGACUUUAAGAGAAAAACAGUUGUACGCCAAGUUUAGCAAGUGUGAGUUCUGGUUAGAGAAAGUUGUAUUUCUUGGCCAUGUCAUCUCAGCAGAGGGAAUUUAUGUUGAUCCGAAAAAGGUGGAAGCUAUAAUUAACUCGAAUUCUCCGAGUAAUGUACAUGAGGUACGCAGUUUUCUAGGUUUGGCUGGUUAUUACAGACGUUUUGUGAAAGAUUUUUCUAUUAUUGCCUCACAACUAACAAAGUUACUACGGAAGGAUGUGAAAUUUAUGUGGAGUCAGCAAUUGAUGCUUCCAAGAAUAAUUUGGGUUAUGUAUUGA